AUGGCAGGCUCAGCACAAAACCCAGGUGACUGGGCUCUACGGCCCUUCUCCAGUAAACCACAGAAGACCAAGCCACACAUACCCUCUUCCUUUCUCUGGACCCGUCUCCUCUUCCUGUUCAUGGGGCUAGGAGCCUCUGGAAAGGACUCAACCCCAACAGUGGUGCCUGGGAUUCUAGGGCGUUCAGUAACUUUCCCCCUGAACAUUUCAGUAGACACAGAGUUUGAGCACGUCACCUGGAAUGGUCCCCAAGGUGCUCUUGCUUUAGCAACUGCAGAAAAACAGAUUUUCUUUAUGGCCAAAAGCUACCAGGACCGACUAACCAUCAGCUGGAACAGUUUCUCCUUGUCUCUCAGCAACCUGACUUUGGGAGAUGCAGGAUCCUACAAAGCCCAGAUAAACCGAAAGACUUCCACAUUCACCACUGACAAGGAAUUUAUGUUGCAUGUCUAUGAGCAGGUGCCGGAGCCUCAAGUCAUCAUGAAGUCUGUGAACAUGUCUGAUAGUGGCUCCUGUAACAUUACCUUGAUUUGCUUUGUGGAGAGGGCAGGGACAAGUGUUCUGUACAGCUGGACCCUGAGGGAUGCUCAUGCUUCUGAAUCCCAUGAGGGCUCCACUUUCAUCAUCCACUGGAGGCUGUGUGACCCAGACCUGCCAUAUAUCUGCACAGCCAGGAACCCAGUCAGCCAGAACACCUCCAGCCCCGUCCAUGCCCGGCAGUUCUGUACAGCUCCAGGAGCCUCCAGAGGAGAGUCAAUGGGGGAGAUGGUGGUGGGGAUCCUGGGGGAGUCAGUCACCCUGCCCCUAACACUCUCGGCCAGUCACUCCGGACAGAAUGUCAUCUGGAUGUUUAACACAUCUAUUAUCAGCAAAGAGCAGAAAGAAGCAGCAACAGCUGAUUCAUUCAUUAAGUUCAAGGAUCCCAACAAGAACUCUAGCCAAGACUACUCCCUGAUGAUUGGCCAGCUAAAGAUGGAGAAUGCUGGCCACUACUAUGCCUAUGUAUGCUCAAAGGCCUCCGGAGUCAUCAGCACAAAACACGUCACCCUGCUCCUCUACGGGAGAUUGAAGAAGCCAAAAAUUACCUGGCAUCCUGGGCUUGCUGAGGAUGGCAUCUGCAGGGUCAGCCUGACAUGCUCAGUGGAGGACAGUGGACACAACGUGACAUAUAGAUGGACCCCCAUACCAAAAGGAACCUUUGAGUCCCAAGGGGGGCCUCACCUCAAUGUCUCCUGGACAAGUGGUGAAAAUCAUCCCAACUUCACAUGCAUCGCCAGCAACCCUGUCAGCAACAGCUCCCAGCAGUUUCUUUCCGGCAACAUCUGUCCAGGGCCCGAGGGAAACACAGAGCUUUACAUUGGGCUCUCCUUGAUGGCCUCCAUCCUGUGCUUUGGGAUCUUCAUCUGGUGCAUUUGGAAGCGAAAAAGACCGUGUUCAGACCCAGCCUCCAACUCCAGCCAUGCUGAAACCCCAACAGACACACCAGGGUGUCAGAAGCUGGACACUUUCCUUAAGACUGCCAAGCAAGAGCAUAGCCCCACCUCCGACAGAAGUUCUGACAGCAGUGAAACAACAAAGAAGGACCAGGAGAGGACUGGCAUAGCCAAGGCUAGAAGACACCAGGAGUAUGACUUGCUCACUCAGGAAAGCACUGGAUCUGACUCAUCAUCUGAGGAGCAAGCAGAGUAUGAUCUCGUCACUCCGGAAAGCAUGGUGCCUGCGUCUGUGGACAACACGGUGUAUACGCAAGUGUUCCUCAACUUGCAGGGAAAGGCCCCAGUUCCUGAGCAGAAAGAGAGUUCAGCCACAAUCUACAGCUGUCUACAGACAUCUCAGAAGGUGAUGCCACCGCCACAACAGAAUGAUCUCGAGUCUCCUGAAAGCCCUACCUAUGAAAAUUUCAUCUGA